UCGGUGCACUUCGCCGAACGCCGCGGCCGCGCGAAGAUGUCCGACACGCUCGCGACCCCGGUCUGUCUGAACUCCACGUACUGGUUCAAAGACACCGAGGAGCUCAUCGCGUACCAGGAGAACAAGUACCAGUCGUACGAGUACGGUCGGUACGGCAACCCGACGACGAAGACGUGCGAGGAAAAGAUUCGGAUGCUCGAGGGCGGGGAGGACUGCCUCCUGAGCUCGUCCGGGAUGAACGCCGCGAUCUGCAUGCUCCUCGCGCUCGUGCCCGCGAACGGCCACAUCGUCACGACGACGGACUGCUACCGACGCACGAGGCAGUUCGUGCAGACGUUCAUGCCGAAGAUGGGGAUCACGUGCACGGUGCUAGACCCGAGCGAUUACGACGGCUUGGAGAAGGCGCUGAACGAGAACGACUGCUCGCUGUACUUCUCCGAGUCGCCCACGAACCCAUACUUGCGGUGCGUGGACGUGGAGCGCAUCUCGAAGCUGUGCAAGCCGAAGAACUGCAUCGUGUGCGUCGACGGCACGUUCGCGACGCCGGUGAACAGCAAGGCGCUGUCGCGCGGCGCCGACCUCGUGAUUCACAGCGCGUCCAAGUACCUCGGCGGGCACAACGACGUCCUCGCCGGGUGCAUCGUCGGCGACAAAGAGCUCGUCGCGAAGUGCCGACAGUUCCACAACAUCAUGGGCGGCGUCUUGGACCCGCACGCGGCGUACUUGGUCCUUCGCGGGAUGAAGACGUUGUCGUUGCGCGUCGCGCGGCACAACGACAACGCGAUGCGCCUGGCGACGCUCCUCGAGGCGCAUCCGAAGAUCGACGUCGUGCACUACCCCGGGCUGCCGUCGCACCCGGAUCACGAGGUCGCGAAGAGAUACAUGUCCGGCUUCGGCGGCGUCGUCUCCUUCGAAGUGAAGGGCGAUCUGUGGGCGACCGCGAAGUUCAUCGACGCGUGCAACUUGCCGUACAUCGCGCCGUCGCUCGGCGGCGUCGAGUCGCUCAUCGAGCAGCCGACGAUCGUGAGCUACUGGGAUUACGGCGCGGAGCAGAGAGCGGAGCUCGGGAUUAAAGAUAACCUGGUUCGAUACGCGUGCGGGAUCGAGGAUUUCGAGGACAUCGCGUCGGACGUGCUUCAGGCGCUGGAGCAGAUCGAUUAACUCCCGUCCGCGGACGUCUGGGGCGCGGACGCCGCCGUCGAGUCCGCGGCGGCGCGUUUGGUAUGUGAUGGUGAUGGUAUGUGUGCGUGUUGUGUCGUGUUUUUUGUGUGCCGAAGAGAGAACGAUCGAGAGCCGGCGCCGCUCUCGGGUCGCGCGGGAGGGUUAAGACCCUCCGCGCGGUUCUCGCUCGCCCCCCCGCCCCGCGACGGCGUUCUUUUGACGAAGACGUCGUCGCGAUGGGACCUCGAGGCUUUUUCACAGCUUGGGGUGUGUGCUUCGAUGAAGCAAACUGUUACAGCUGUUCGCCGCCGGGUCGCGCAUCGGCGCGACUUCGGCGGCGUUCGGGCAAAGUGGGCCUUUCCUCCCCUCCGCCCUGUGGCCGACGUCGCGUCGCGGCGUCGGUCGCAGCAAAGAUGAGAUUUUAGGAACCAGCUGUUCGUCGCUCGGCGCGGGAAGAAAAAAACUUUUUUCCUCUCGCCGAGCCGCGAUCGGGCACAGUGGGUUUUUCCUCCCCUCCGCCCUGUCCGUCUCGGUGGACCGCGCGCGCGUCGUGUCAUCACGGCCGCGCGCGGGAAUCCGACGCGGGCAGCUUCGAAGCGAAUAACAGAUUCUUUCUUAGUUUUUAAUAAAGGUAUUCAUACAGUA